AUGGAGUCCAUAAGGGAAGCCCUGGCCAAAUUCGGCAAUGCCUGGAACAACGAAGUGCCUCCUGCGCUGGCAAAACUCUACGGGCCCAUUCAAGCCCAGCACAACAAGAAGUACGCAGGCCAGAUCAAGGCGGAGACUGCCAUCAAAUAUGGGCCGGAUCCGAGGAAUCGUCUCGAUGUUUAUACCCCGGUAGAGGCGGACACAUCUGGGGGCUCCGGCAAACCUGUUGUUGUCUUCAUCCACGGUGGUGGCCUUGUGACUGGUGAUAAUACCAUGUAUGCUAACAUUGGCAAUUAUUUCACCAGUAAUGGCUACAUCACAUGUCUCGUCACAUAUCGCCUAGCUUUGCAAGGGGGGCACCACCCCAACGGUGCAGAGGAUGUUGCCUCCGCACUCCAGUGGAUCCAAGCAAACAUCUCCAAGCACGGUGGAGAUCCCGGCAAAGUUGUCGCCAUCGGCCAAAGCGCGGGCGGCCUACACCUCGCCACGGCAAUGUUCCUCGGCAAGCUCGAUCCAAACCCCAAGCCGCUCGUCCACGGCGCGGUCCUGCUGUCAGCUGCCUUCAUGGCAGAUAGCAGCGACCCCAGCCGGGCGAGCGUGCUGAAAGACUGGUUCCAAACCGAUAACCUGUUCGAGAUCAACCAGCGCUGGUCGCCGGUUGCCAUCUUCCGUCAACAGUUCUUCGGCACGGCGACAACUCCGCCGCGCGAGAAGCUGCCAUGUGCGCUGCUGAUGAUGGUCGGCGAGGAUGAGGCCGAUGAGAUCCUCGACGGUACAUUCGAAUUCCUGAGUGAUUACAGGAAGAGGUUCUCCAAGAUGCCGCUUUUCGAAGUGCUCAAGGGUCACAACCAUGUCUCGUACACCUUUGGGCUGGGUCUGGAUGAGCCAGAGUAUGCAGCUGUCGGAAAUAGGCUGCUUGCUUUCAUUAAGGAGAAGACUGCAUAG